UCUGACUGUAUCAGAGACACCACUGUCAGCACAUACACUCACACCAUGAACCACUCAACCGAGCUGCCUCCUUCAGAGAGAAUGGCCCCUGAGGAGUUUGACGGUGGGACAGCAGUGGCUUGUGUGAUCCUGGGUCUGUCCUUCCUGGUCGGAGCUCCAGGGAACCUGCUGGUGAUCUGGACUAUCCUGAGACAUGUCAAGCAGCGCUCCCACACUGUGGUGCUCAUCCUGCACCUGGCUGCAGCUGACCUGCUCGUCCUCAUCACCCUGCCUGUAUGGAUCUACUCCCUGGCCCAGUCCUGGGUGUUUGGAGAAGCCUCCUGCAAAGCCAUAGUCUACAUGAUCAACGCCUGUAUGUAUAGCAGCGUUUUCUUCAUCACCCUCAUGAGUGUGGAGCGUUUUGUGGCUGUGCGCUAUCCCUUUGCCUCAGCUGACUGGAAGAGAAAAAAAGCUCUGAAUAAAGUUCUGCUGGCUCUGUGGACUGUUGCCUUCUUGUUCAGCAUACCUGUCAUCCCAACUCAGGUCGUAGGGGAGGAGUCUGGUGAGGAGCACUGUCUGUACCGGUACUACACCUCUCAGACCCAGGAGCUGGUGUGUGUGCUGCUAGAGACCCUUGUUGGCUAUGUACUACCCUUCUCCAUCCUUUUGGUCUGCUAUGGCUGCCUGUGCAGCCGCAUUACUCAGAUGAAUUUCAAGUCCAAGCGCAAGUCCACAGUCCUGAUCGCCAGUGUGGUGAUUGUGUUUGCCAUUUGCUGGACGCCUCAUCACAUAGGAAACAUCCUCUCACUCAUCAUCCUGGCCAGUGAGGAGUCCUUCCCCGACACAGCAGAAAAUCUGGAGAGCGUCAGGAGCACCACGGCCUUCAUCGCUGGAGCCAUGGUCUUCAUCAGCAGCACUGUUAACCCCAUCCUCUACAUGUUCGCAGCUCGCUCCUUCAGGAGCUCCAUACGUGACACCGGCAUCCAGAAGCUCUUCCGCCACAUCUCCAGCACCUCCCCAGGUGAAGGCAAUAGAGAGGUGUCCUUUGUGUCCAAGAGACAAAGCAAUCAGACCAACAGUUCAAAGUGUGUAUCGGAGUCACAGGACCAAAUGGACAUAUUAAUAAAAAUGUGUGAAAACAAUCCAUCCUGAUAUUGAAAAUGUAUGCUGUCUGUGCUGUGUGUCUCUGUGUAGGUAUUCUUGUUUAUACUGUAUACAUUUUUUAAAGAAGGAAAUAAUGCCUGCAAUGAAGCUCAGUUAUGAAAUUAUGUAUGAAAUAACAACAGAACAGGAAGUCAGUUCUUCUGUGUGAAUAAAUGUCCAACUCUGUAAACGACCUGUUUAACAUGUUUUUUUUAAGUUUUAUAUGUUUCUUUAAAUGUUGAACAUAUAUUUAUAAAUAUGUUAUAUAUAUUAUGAAGUUUGAUUUAUACCAUAGUAUUCAUAAAGAGUACAAUAAAUAAUUCUAUGAGC